UUACAUCUACAUAUGGUCUCAGACUUGUAAAAUUAAAAUAAUUAUAUAGUUAAAGAUGAAAAUCACAAGGAAAAUAUUAAACUGGUAUGCUAGAUUAAGUCCUAAACACGGAGUAUCAUCACCUCCAUAUAAUCAUGUCGUUCAAGUUGGUGAUCCAACAUUACGUAAAGUUUCCGAGCCGGUACCAAUAGAAAAGAUCAAAACCAAAGAAAUACAGACGCUUAUACUGAAAUUACGUUUCGUUAUGAACAAAUACAAGUCAGUAGGUAUGUCGGCUCCACAAAUUGGUGUAAAUAUGAGAAUAUUUGUGAUGCAACUGAAUCCAUUGCAACUUGCUAAUGCACCCCAAGCAAUUGUUAAAUCAAGGGGCAUGGAAGUGAUUCCGUUUACUGUAUUUGUCAAUCCCACAUUGAAAGUUUUGAACUAUAACAAAGUGAUAUUGUCGGAGGGCUGUGAAAGUGUACAAGGAUAUACUGCUGAUGUACCUAGAUAUAAAGAAAUACAAAUUUCAGGAUACAAUGAAGAUGGAAAUCCCACAUGCAACACUUAUAGAGACUGGGCUGCGAGAGUAGCUCAGCAUGAGAUUGAGCACUUAGAUGGCAAACUCUAUGUGGAUAUAAUGGACCGAAAAACGAUGUCCUGUGUAUGCUGGGAGGAAGUUAAUUUAUCGAAAGGAAAACUUGCUAUACCGUUUUCGCCUGAAUAAAAUAUUUAUUGAAUAUUA